AUGUUUCCAAUAAACUUUGCAGAGGUCCGGCUCGUAAAGCCAGACGACUUUGUCCUCGACAGGACUAUAUGCACCGAGGAGGCCACAAAGCCAAAGAUCCUUCGGGAGUACACAAAAGAAGAAAAGGCAUGCAUCCUAAAGAAGCGGAUACUUGCGAUCGCAGGCAGGAAAGGUGGAUGGCCGCAAAAGAAAACAUCUAAGAAAGAGUCUGAGUCGAUGUGGGACGUAGACCUGUCGAAAGCAGACCAGGGACACUUCGACCAGAGAGGGAACUUCGUUCUCGGGAUGCCACAGAAUCCAUCCUUCUCAUGGCUUGUGAAGAAAGAAGAAACCAUCCGCGGCCCAUUUACCGGGCGGGAGAUGAAGGAGAAGAUGAGCACUGAAGAGUUGAAGGGCACCAAGAUCAGGAGAGACAUAGACAAAGGAUUUGUGUCCUACGACGACAUACUCGCCGACCUUGGCGAUUUCCUUUCUUCGGAAAAGCUUGACGAGUACUUCGAAAAGAAUGCUGCCAUCAAGAAGCCCCUUGAGAAGUCCCAGGAGUUCUUUGAAGACCUUUCUUCAUUGUCACUGAAAAGGCAUCCAAAGAAGGACCUUGACCGAUCGAAGAUCCUUGAAGGCUGUGCAAAGUCAAAGAACUAUCUCCAUUCCAGAAACCCGUCUGUAUCCCUCAACUUCAUCGAGAAAAGGAUCUCCGGCAAAUCGUUCUCAGACGCUGUCAAAAUAAUUUCCAGCGUUGCCGGGUUCAGCAAAGCAGAGUGCGAGGAGUUUCUGAACCUGCUUCUUGAUGAGUCAAAACUGUCGAUUCUCUCAGACAUCUGCCCAGACGGCUUUGUAAAGGUCACAUCUGUAACAAGAAAAGGACCCAGAAGAUAA